CCGUGCAGUUUUCCCAGUGGAACCCCGUCCGGUCGCCCAGCCAGCCAGCGUCUUUCCGUUGGUAAUUACGGGCCCACCACAAUGGAUGUGGAUCCGACGUGUGUACGGAAUGGAUUCCACGGGCAUCAUUACUGGGAUGGAGGACAGUGAUGAAGAGAUUAUGAAAAGGCCAGGAACUCGAAAGGGUCAAUCUGUAUCACGGCCGACCGACACAUGUCGAAAUGGCGAUAGGGAAAAGAGCCAUGGAUGGCGGGUGGUUUGCGCGGGGGCGUCAUAAAAAUGCGGAGAGCCGACGCCGAGGCAAUCGUGAACUGUGGUCCAAUUGAUUGGCCGAGAUUCCAGCUGCUUCUGCGUUUCCAACGGUUGAUACGGAGAAUCGUUCGGAUCCCUAGGUUGUGAUGGACGUGGGAGAAUGGAAGGGGGGGGAUCCAGCAGAAGGAACUAGUAAUUUAUGCCUCCCCCGGCUUCUUCCUUUCCUUUUCCGAUCUGACUUGGACUCUUUCCUUCCCAUUUCUUUCUCUGUCCCUCUCUUUGACAACCUCCUGUGAAUACUGCUUUCUUUACUUUCUUUUUGCCUUUCUCUAAAUCACAAUGGCCUCGGCUGCUCGCUCCGCUACCCGCGCAUUCUUGCGCUCGACCCCGGCGACCUCCUCGUUCCGCCCGGCUGCCCGUUCGGCUCGCUUUGCCCUCCCCCAGGGCUUCCGUGGCUCUGCUCGUCGCGGCUAUGCCUCUGAGGCUGGUGAGAAGAAGGGUGGCUCCGGUGGUAUCUUUGCUCUGGCCAUCGCCGUCGCCGGUGGUGCUGGUGCCUACUUCUACCUGAACGGCGAGUCCACCAAGGGCCCCUUCGUCCCCACCAAGGAGGACUACCAGAAGGUCUACGAUGAGAUUGCCUACCGUCUGGCCAACGAGACCGACUACGACGAUGGCAGCUACGGCCCUGUCCUCGUUCGUCUCGCCUGGCACGCCAGCGGUACCUAUGACAAGGAGACCGGCACUGGUGGCAGCAACGGUGCUACUAUGCGUUUCGCCCCCGAGUCUGACCACGGCGCCAACGCCGGUCUGAAGCACGCCCGUGACUUCCUCGAGCCCGUCAAGGCCAAGUUCCCCUGGAUCACCUACUCCGAUCUCUGGACUUUGGCCGGUUCCGCCGCCAUCCAGGAGCUGGGUGGCCCCGUCAUCCCCUGGAGACCCGGCCGUGAGGACAAGGACGUCGCUGCCUGCACUCCCGACGGCCGUCUGCCCGAUGCCUCCAAGGACCAGCGCCACAUCCGCGACAUCUUCGGCCGCAUGGGCUUCGAUGACCGUGAGAUGGUCGCUCUGAUCGGUGCCCACGCCCUGGGCCGUGCUCACACCGACCGCUCCGGUUACGAGGGCCCCUGGAACUUCAGCCCGACCGUCUUCAGCAACGAGUUCUUCCGUCUGCUCGUGGACGAGAAGUGGAACCAGCGCAAGUGGAACGGCCCUGCCCAGUUCACUGACAAGACCACCUCUACUCUGAUGAUGCUGCCCGCUGACCUUGCCCUCGUCAAGGACAAGGGCUUCAAGAAGCACGUCGAGCGCUAUGCCAAGGACAGCGAUGUCUUCUUCAAGGAGUUCGCCGAGGUCUACGUCAAGCUCCUCGAGAACGGCGUCCCCUUCACCAUCAAGCCCGAGGAUCGCUUCGUUUUCAAGACCUCUGAGUAAGGAGGUUUUGGCUUGAUCCAAUUUGGAGUGUACGCUUCCGGGGUUUUUCUACUUGACCGCACACUUUGUGUGCAAUUUCUUUUUCACCUGUUUGAUAUCCGAAAUGUUCCUUGAUCUUAGAUAUAGAGAUCCUAGAGAUAGAGAUCUUAGAUCGGCCU